AUGUCGCACAACGCAAUGGAACAUUGGAAGAGCAAGCUGAGCAAAACAAGUACCUCGACGUACGUCCUCUUGGCCGUGAUUGCUGUUGUAUUUUUGGUUACAAUCAGAAGACCCAAUGGCAGCAAGGGAAAAAGCAGUAAAAAGAGGGCUUCUAAAAAGAACAAGAAAGGUAAGAAUCAGUUUGAAAAAGCGCCGGUUCCUCUGACUCUAGAAGAACAAAUUGACAAUGUGUCGUUGAGAUACGGCAACGAGUUGGAAGGUCGUAGCAAGGAUCUAAUAAACAGAUUUGAUGUGGAAGAUGAAAAGGACAUCUACGAGCGUAACUAUUGCAACGAAAUGCUUUUGAAGUUGCUGAUUGAGUUAGACAGUAUCGAUUUGAUUAACGUGGAUGAGUCCUUAAGAAGGCCGUUGAAGGAAAAAAGGAAAGGCGUCAUAAAGGAAAUUCAGGCUAUGUUAAAAAGUUUGGACUCUCUUAAAUAA